AGAGCAGAGUUUGGGGGCUGGAAAUCAAAUAGGUACGAGCUCUGCUGAAGUUUCUCAAUCACUAUCAAUGAGGAUUUGCAUGCUGGACCUAAAAAAAGCGGAAUAGGCGAAGAAUGAGAAGGAACCACUUUGGACGUUUUGAAUGAUUCUGCAGGCUUUUAUUGACUUUUUACUCUCAUCAGCGAUGUGUGUUUCUAACUUUUGAUGCGCAUUUACUGUGGUGUGGAGAAACAGAUGCAACUUCGCGUUUGAAUGGACAAAGCUUUAUACCGAUGAAGUUUUUUAAACUGGAACUACUUUAUGCUGCUGUCGUAGUUCAUCGUUAAGUUUCCCAACUUGUCCUACCUGUAGUGUUAUUUCGCGCGCGGAACUUUAUUGGCUGUGGACAAGACGCGGAUACUUUUUUUGUUAGCUUUUGGAAUUUUUGUUAUAUAAAUAGCAUUUUGAAUAUUUUUGCUAUCGUUAUUAGGCUGCUAUCAGCCUCAGAGGAUAUAUGAUGCGGUGGGUGAAGUAUUGGGGGACAGUGGCUGUGCUGUGCGGGCUGCUGAGCUGUGCUGUGAAUGGAUGCCCGCAUAAGUGUAGUUGUUCGGGCUCUCAUGUGGAUUGUCAGGGUCAAGCCUUCAAGACUGUGCCUAGGGGAAUCCCGAGGAAUGCCGAGCGACUGGAUCUGGACAGGAAUAACAUCACCCGGAUCACCAAAGUGGACUUCUCUGGCCUCAAGAACCUGCGCGUGCUACAUCUGGAGAACAAUCAAAUAAGUGUGAUUGAAAGAGGAGCAUUUGAGGGCCUCAAACAACUUGAGAGAAUCCGCCUGAACCGGAACCGGCUUCAGGUCCUGCCGGAGCUGCUGUUCCAAUCCACCACCAAGCUGAGCCGCCUGGACCUGAGCGAGAAUCAGAUUCAGGCUAUUCCUCGUAAGGCUUUCCGAGGGAUCACCACCGUCAAGAACCUGCAACUGGACAGCAACCACAUCAGCUGCAUCGAAGAUGGAGCCUUCCGAGCCCUGCGCGAUUUGGAGAUACUCACUCUCAACAACAACAAUAUUACCCUCAUUCCACUGUCAAGCUUCAACCACAUGCCAAAACUGCGGACACUUCGCCUGCACUCCAACAACCUGCACUGCGACUGCCACCUGUCCUGGCUCUCUGAUUGGCUGCGGCAGAGGAGGGGUUUGGCCCCUUUCACACAGUGCAUGGCCCCCGCCCAUAUGAGAGGUCUCAAUGUCCCCGAUGUUCAAAAAAGAGAAUUUGUUUGCACAGGUCCCGUAGAGACAGAGCCAAGGUCAUGUGCUCCGCAGGCGACCAUCUGCCCUGCCGCCUGCACCUGCAACAACAACAUUGUAGACUGCCGUAGAAAAGGCCUGACGGAGAUUCCUGCCAACCUGCCUGAAGGAAUCGUGGAAAUCCGUCUGGAGCAGAACAUGAUCAAGAACAUCCCAGCAGGAGCCUUCUCCACAUACAAGAAACUCAAGAGAAUAGACCUGAGCAAGAAUCAGAUAUCCGAAAUUGCAGAAGACGCAUUUAGUGGCCUGCGCUCGCUCACGUCACUGGUCCUGUACGGAAAUAAAAUCGCAGAGAUCCCAAAGGGACUGUUUGAUGGCCUGGUCUCCCUGCAACUGCUACUGCUGAACGCCAACAAGAUCAACUGCCUUCGAGUGAACACUUUCAAAGAUCUGCAGAACCUCAACCUGCUGUCCCUCUAUGACAACAAACUUCAGACCAUCAGUAAAGGCCUGUUCGCUCCUCUGCGUGCCAUCAAAACCCUACACCUCGCUCAGAAUCCAUUCAUGUGUGACUGUCAUCUGAAGUGGCUGGCCGACUACCUGUUUGACAAUCCAAUUGAGACCAGCGGGGCUCGAUGCAGCCACCCGCGCCGCCUCGCCAACAAGCGCAUCAGCCAGGUCAAGGGCAAGAAGUUUCGCUGCACAGGUGCGGAGGACUACCGCAGUCGUCUCAGCGGCGAGUGUUUCCAAGACCUGGUUUGUCCUGAACGCUGCCGAUGUGAAGGAACAGUAGUGGACUGCUCCAACCUCAAACUCACCAAAAUCCCCCCUCACCUCCCUGAGCACACCACUGACCUACGGCUGAACGACAAUGAAAUCUCCAUCCUAGAGGCUACAGGAGCAUUCAAGAAGCUUCCAAAUCUUCGCAAAAUAAACUUAAGUAAUAAUAAACUCAGGGACAUCCGUGAGGGUGCGUUUGAUGGGGCCGGAGGUGUUUUGGAGCUGCUGUUGACUGGAAACAAGCUGCAGUCGGUCAGCGGACGGAUGUUCAAGGGUUUGAUCGGCCUCAAAACACUGAUGCUGAGGAGUAAUCAGAUCAGCUGUGUGGAUAACGCCACCUUCACCGGCCUGAGCUCUGUGCGCCUGCUUUCCCUCUACGAUAACCGGAUCUCCACUAUCGCCCCCGGAGCUUUCAACACCCUGCAUUCCCUUUCCACCAUUAACCUGCUGUCUAAUCCCUACGUGUGUGACUGUCACUUAGCCUGGCUGGGGCUGUGGCUUAAGAAGACCAGGGUGGUUAGCGGAAACCCACGCUGUCAAAAACCUGCCUUCCUGAAGGAAAUCCCUAUUCAAGAUGUGGCCAUGCCCGAUUUCUCCUGUGAUGGUGCGGAAGAGAAUGUGUGCCUGCCAUCAGCCCCUCGCUGUCCAGAGUCCUGCACAUGCUCGGACACCGUGGUGCGCUGUAGUAACCGAGGGCUGCGUUCUCUGCCUAAGGCUAUCCCUAAAGAUACAACUGAACUAUACUUGGAAGGAAACCUCCUCACAUCCGUUCCCAAAGAGCUUCCUAAUCUGAAACAACUGACACUCCUAGACCUCAGUAAUAACAGCAUCAGUCAUCUUGCCCCUCUCACCUUCAGCAACAUGACACAGCUCGCCACCCUUAUCCUGAGCUAUAAUCAAAUACGCUGCGUCCCGGUUCAUGCGUUUGAUGGCUUGCGCUCUCUCCGCCUGCUAACUCUCCACGGAAAUGACCUUUCAACUGUUCCGGAGGGAGCCUUCAACCACUUGACAUCUCUAUCUCAUCUAGCUCUCGGUGCGAACCCUCUAUACUGUGACUGUGAGCUGCGCUGGUUGUCUCAGUGGGUGAAGGCUGGCUUUAAAGAGCCUGGCAUCGCCCGAUGCACUGGACCACCUGACAUGGCUGACCGACUGCUGCUCACCACUCCCCUCAAUCGCUUCCAGUGCAAGGGUCCAGCAGAUCUGAAUCUGAUGUCCAAGUGCGCCCCCUGUCUGGCAACUCCCUGUCAGAAUAACGGCACAUGUGUGAGUGAUGUCACAGGCUCCUACCACUGCACCUGCCCUUUUGGCUACAAGGGUCGUAACUGUGAGAUUCCCAUUAACGCCUGUAUCAGCUUGCCAUGUACUAAUGGAGGCACGUGCCACCUCACACCUGGACUGGAUGGGCAGUACAGCUGUGUGUGUCCUCCUGGGUAUGAGGGCCAGCAGUGUGAGCUGAAUCCAGAUGACUGUGAAGACAACGAUUGUGAGAAUAACUCCACCUGUGUGGACGGCAUCAACAACUACACUUGUGUCUGCCCCCCUAACUACAAAGGUGAUCUGUGCGAGGAGGUGGUUGACCCCUGUCUGCCUGGGUUUGACCUCUGCCAACACGACUCCAAGUGUGUUCCCCUCAGUAAGGGCUAUAGAUGUGAGUGUUUGCCUGGUUAUGUUGGCCAGCAGUGUGAGCAGGAUUACAAUGACUGUCUGGAGAACAAAUGCCAGCAUGGGGCAGAGUGUGUUGACGCCAUCAAUGGAUACACAUGUGUGUGCAAGGAGGGCUUCAGUGGUCUAUUCUGUGAGAAUCAUCCACCAAUGGUAUUGCUUCAGAACACCAGCCCAUGUGAUCAAUCUGACUGUCAAAAUGGAUCUGAGUGUCUGGUCAUGGAAGGAGAGCCAGUGUGCCGUUGUCUGCCUGGUUACUUUGGCACCAAGUGUCAAAAAAUGGUCACACUGCACUUUCUCGGCAAAGAAGCCUACGUGGAGCUCUCCGGCACCAGGAUCCGACCACCUAUGCACAUUUCCUUCCAGGUAGCCACUGAUAAGGAUAAUGGCAUUCUGUUGUAUAAAGAGGACCAUGACCCACUCGCCCUAGAGCUGUACCAGGGACACAUUCGUUUGAUCUAUGACAUUUCCAAAUACCCCCCAACCACUGUGUACAGCGUGGAGUCAGUGAAUGAUGGGCUUUUCCACACGGUGGAGGUGCUGAUCCAGAAUCAGACCCUGAGUUUGGUGGUGGAUAAAGGGACUCUUAAAAGCUUGGGUAAACUCCCUCGUCCUCCCGCUGUGGACCACAACACACAGCUAUACAUAGGCGGUGUGCCAUCUUUGAUAGGCACAUCAGGCCUGCGCCCUGGCCCGUUCCAGUCCUUCAACGGCUGCCUUCAUGACGUACGCCUCAAUGGAGAGCUCCAGGACCUCGGUGCUGGACUGGCGGGGGUAGAAGGCGUCCUGUUUGGGUGUCACUCCUGCAGCGUCUGUGCUCAGGGGGCCUGCAGACAAAGAGGAGAUGAAGGGGUGACCUGUGACUGUCCCACAGGACACAGUGGCCCACUAUGUGAACAAAUGAGCUCCCAAGACCCCUGUGAAAGCAGCAGGUGUGUUCAUGGGGAGUGUGUGGUGAAGGGCUCGUCGUACAGCUGUUCAUGUGUGGAUGGAUACUCAGGCCAGUUCUGUGACAGAGAGGAUGAGUCCAGCGCCUGCAAGGCACUGCACUGUGUUUAUGGAGAGUGCAGAUUGACGGAGAGCGGUGAGCCCGUUUGUCAAUGCCAGCCUGGAUACAGCGGGCCAACCUGUGAAACAGAGCUGACAUGCGAAGGAGAAGCAGUUCGUGAUUAUCUGUAUCGCCAAAUGGCUCAUAAAAUCUGCACGUCCACCAGCAGAGUCCAGCGGCUGGAGUGCCGCCACUCCUGCUCAUCAGGGCUGUGCUGUGCUCCCACCAAAAGCCGGAGACGGAAGCUCAGCUUCAAGUGUCCCGAUGGAUCAUCCUUUUCUGAGGAGAUGGAGAUCACUGUGGAGUGUGGCUGCACAAAGUGCUCAUCGUAAUAAAAAAACACCUCACCCCGUCCCAGGACCAGGAGAAGAAUACGAUGAUGGAGCGCAAAAGAAAAUAUAUUGUAAAAUAAACAAAACACAAAUAGAACUUAUUUUUAUUAAGGGAUGUUUUUUAAAAGAAAGAGACUGUUUUUAUGAUGUUGCCUAUAUGUGUCAUAAGAAAAGUAAUUUUGUAUCGAUAAACAAAAACAAAUACACAGAUUAACAUUCCUGAAAAUAUAUGAAUUAUAUAAAUAUGUAUAAAUCUAUAUAAAUGUACAAGCUAACCUAAGAAUUCAUUUGGUCUGUGUAUUGCAUGUCAUUGUGUGAAAUGUGGGAGCAGAGAGACAUUUUUUAUGGAGGAGCAAGGACUCUCUAGACUCUAUCACGGGAAGUGGUGAGCCAACUUCCUGUGCUUUGGCGGCAGUAAAGGAACUGCUUCCUGACGGACCUGCAGAUUUCAAGGAGAAUGGACUGAUAUUUUGUACUUUGGGUGUUUUGUGUUGUUGUUUUUUUUUUUGGCUUUGCUCCUUCAGAGAGAAAGAAAGAGACAUGGAAAGCUCAUCAGCGUGACUCUGGUUUACAACUCAUCGGACUGAUUUUUUUGCAUGACUGCAUGGAAAAGUUAAAUGUGAACUUGUAACAUGCUGCGGUCAGGCAGUAAAGCUGUUGCUGUCUUUACCUGUUUUCCUUUACAGUUGAAAUGCAUUUCUAUUGUCACCGAAUGGGCAGGCGAUACAAUCUCUGGUGCAAAGCACUUCAUACUGACGUCGUAUUUCGUCUUAACCGUCCUUUACUAAAAUAUUAAAUGCAAAUAUGUUACACCCAUUACUACUGUAUUGUUUCAUGUGUACCCUUUUUGUUUAUUUGAACUUUUCAGAUUUAACACUCAAUGUCUUAUUCGAAGAGAGCGAGGUCUAUAGAUUUUCCAAAGGAAAAGUGAAGCAGUGUUAUUGAAUAUUGGGCCUCGUCCUGUCUUUAACCCCCGUUGGCCCCACAUUCUGAUGAAUAAGGUACAGCAGAAUUAGCAAUCCCCAGUCAAUAAUGUAACUGAGCUUGUGUGCACCGAGCGUCAUGUUAGCAGUGGUGCAUUUUCUAAUAAUGUUUUGCUAAAUAUGAAUUAGAGAGUGAUGAUUAACUUACAGUGAAUGUUGAAUUAAACUUGUAAUGAAAUACAGGA